CGCGCACUCGACGCUGAGCAGUGGUGUUGUCCACACGCACUCUCAGCGACGUCAGCAGACUCACCCCGAUCCUCCACUCUUGUCUCCAAUUCAAGCACAGACAUACGCCGAAAAAAAAGGGGAAGAAGAAAAGAACAACAAGCCCAUUUCCCUUCUCGUCCAGUUAUUUUGUUUUCACUCUCUGCCCGGCUCGGUCGUCUCCUCCGCCCCUCCGUGUUGUUUGUGUGUAUGCUGUCAGUUCAUCUUUCGGCUUGUGGAACACAACCAAAAAACAAACCAAAUCUGGAACACUUUUAGCUGACAUGGGCAUGGGAACUUGAAGCGGAUCGAUUUGUCCCAUCAACGAGUAUAGAGCCCCGACAACAACAGCGGCUGUGAUCCUUCCUUAUUAUUCCAAAGUGGUUUCGGUGUCAGUGUCAAACAGAGCCUCCAUUUUUUCGACCCCCGUCGUUUUUUAAUACAUAUAUAGGGUCGGAGAGUCUUCGGUUUCCAGUGAUCAACACAAACCGACCAAUUGAGAGUUCUUCUCCCGUGUCAGAAUCAUCAAUCAUCUAACCUGUCAACAGUCUGCACUGCUCUUUUCCACAGGAGAAUCUGCUGAGAUCAAGGCGAAACCCAAAAGUUGAUUAAUUUCGUUUGGCUGCUACGUUUUGUUAGGGUGGACAAAAAGUAUCCCGGUGGGUCUGGCGAUUAAAAAAGAAGACAGAAAGAAAAAAGGAAGCCGAUUGCGAGCCUAACUAAAAAUAGCUUCAAAUCAGUACGAGGGAAUUGUUCAAGAUGCAUCCGUCCAUUACGAGUCGGACCGCUGUCAGACGGCCGCCCGUCAUCGUUUUGUUUCAUGUGGGUCUUGCCGUCGUCGCUUCGGCGUUGCUGGUCGGUCCGCAACCGGUCGAGUCUCACUUGGCCGAAGAAUUCAGUAUCCAGCAACUCUUAACCAAACGCUUUCCUCAUCGGAUAUCUGACGACAUUUACCUGGAUCCUUGUAAAGCAGAGGGCUUUGUCGGUGAUAUUGCAUUGCCCAACGUUCGCUACGAGUUGGAGUACGAGCUGCAGUCGAGGCGAGAUAAAGAGCUGGCCAGCAAAACAGGUCAAGUGCUCAUCGACUGGGAGAUCGACGGCGAUCAAGCGGAAGCCGAGAAAGAAGCCGAUCGACCAACAGCUUUCAUCAACGGCUCAUCCACCCUUCAGCCGCAUCGUCUCCAUCAUUCUGCUCAACUGCAGUCGGACGAGACAUCCAACGAUGGCCAGCAAGCCCGUCCGGGCGGUCGGCAACGCCAAGGCAGGAAGCAAGCAUCCAUCACAGAACAUAAGAGGAAGAGCGAUCUGGAGGAUGAGUUGGUGGAGUUGGAUGCGCUGGCGGGGUCAAAGACUCUGUCCAGCAACGAGGCACAUGGCAACGGCCAUGACAACGAGAGUAAGCCGUCGCGUUCCACUGACGACAAGUCGACGACAAAGAGAUCGAAAUCCAAGAUGACCAAGGCCAAGAAAAACAAGCGCAAAGAUCGGAUCAGACAGAUCACCGAGAAACCUACCGCGCUGAUCCGGUCCAGACGGGCAGCCACGGCACGUAAGGAGCGCAUCUGGGACUUUGGAGUCAUCCCCUACGAAAUUGACGCCAAUUUCUCUGGGGCCCACAAGGCCCUAUUUAAACAGGCCAUGCGCCACUGGGAAAACUUUACCUGCGUCAAAUUUGUUGAACGUACGGCAGAUCAUCCCCACUUUAUCGUUUUCACGGAACGCGCUUGCGGAUGCUGUUCUUUCGUCGGGAAAAGAGGUAACGGAGCACAAGCCAUUUCCAUUGGGAAAAAUUGCGAUAAAUUUGGGAUCGUCGUCCACGAAUUGGGUCACGUUGUCGGCUUUUGGCACGAACACACAAGACCAGACAGAGACAAUCACGUGCACAUUAUCCGCGAAAACAUCAUGGCUGGUCAAGAGUACAAUUUCAACAAACUGACAUCCGAGGAGGUUAACUCGCUGGGCUUGUCCUACGACUUUGAUUCCAUCAUGCACUACGCCCGCAACACUUUCUCUAAGGGGACUUAUUUGGAUACGAUUCUGCCGCAAGCAGAUCCCGAGACAAAAUCACGACCCGAAAUUGGCCAGCGCAUUCGUCUUAGCGAGGGCGACAUCUCCCAGACAAAUAAACUUUACAAAUGCCCAAAGUGCGGACGUACAUUCCAGGAAAACAAAGCUUCGUUCACCUCGCCGGUUUUCCCGCCCGGCACUGUGUCCGAAGACGGUGAACGGUGCGAGUGGCGCAUCACGGCCACGCAUGGUGAACGCAUUGUUCUCAACAUUACGGAACUGGAUGUCUUCAAAGGAGACAACUGCAAGUAUGACUAUGUCGAAAUUCGCGAUGGAUACUGGCACAAGUCGCCCCUACUCGGUCGCUUUUGCGGCAGCACUCGUCUGCCCGAUCCGGUCAUGUCCAGCGGAAGUCGGAUGUUGGUUACUUUCCAAAGUUCUCCCCGGCAGAUCGGCUACAAAGGAUUCAGCGCCUCUUACGAAGCGCUGUGUGGUGGGGAUUUGAACGUGGAUAGCGGUCAUCUCGAGUCACCCAACUUCCCCGACGACUAUCAACCCAACAAGGAGUGCACUUGGAAAAUCACUGUCCCCUCCGACUAUCAGGUGGCCCUCAAAUUUCAAUCCUUUGAAAUUGAAAACCACGACAAUUGCGUCUACGAUUUUCUGGAAAUCCGUGACGGACACGAGCCAACUAGUCCGCUUAUCGGUGUCUAUUGCGGCUACAAUAUCCCAGAGGAUAUCAAAUCGAGUAGCAACAAAAUGUGGAUCAAAUUUGUUUCAGAUAAUUCCGUUCAAAAGGCCGGCUUUUCCGCUAUUUUCAUGAACGAAUUUGACGAAUGCGCUUCACUGGAUCAUGGAUGUGAGCACAGCUGCGUCAAUACCCUAGGAGGUUAUGAAUGCCAAUGCCGAAUCGGCUUUGAAUUGCAUUCGGAUGGGAAACGAUGCGAAGAUGCCUGCGGUGGGUUGAUUGACUCGCCCAACGGGACCAUAAUCAGCCCGUCCUUCCCUGAUUUGUACCCAAGCAACAAGCACUGCAUCUGGGAAAUAUUCGCCCCACCUCAGUAUCGAAUUACUCUCAACUUCACGCACUUUGACUUGGAAGGGAACAACCAAGACUGCGAGUACGAUCACGUGGAAGUGAGGAGCAAGUUGAGCGAGAAUGAAUUAAGGAAACACGGCGUAUUCUGCGGGACCCACCUGCCUCCCGUUGUGACUUCAGAAGGAAAUGUUCUUCGCAUCGAGUUCGCUUCAGACAAUUCCGUUCAGAAGACGGGCUUUGCGGCCGUUUAUUUUACCGACAAAGAUGAAUGCGCAGUGAACAACGGCGGCUGCCAACAGGAAUGUCGCAAUACUAUCGGCUCUUACGUUUGCGCUUGCAAUAACGGAUUCACACUUCACGAAAAUGGACACGAUUGUAAAGAAGGUGGCUGCAAACAUGAAAUUCGAGCUCCGUACGGCGAGGUCCUGAGCCCUAAUUAUCCUCAUCCGUAUCCAGCACGCAAAGAAUGCGUCUGGCAUUUCACCACAACUCCGGGCCAUCGCAUCAAAUUAGUAUUCCACGAAUUUGAAAUCGAAUCUCACCACGAAUGCGCUUAUGACCAUGUCGCUUUGUUCGAUGGCGAUAGCAGUGAAGAUACAACAUUGGGUAGAUUCUGCGGAUUAAAAGCCCCUCAUCCCAUCGUGGCGUCCGGCAAUGAGCUUUACAUGGUGUUCAAAUCGGAUGCCUCCGUUCAACGUAAAGGCUUUCAAGCUACCCACGCAACCGUUUGCGGCGGCCACCUUCAGGCAACGACUGGUGUGAAGCACUUUUACUCUCACGCCAAGUACGGAGACCAUAACUACGAAAACAAGGAAGAUUGUGAUUGGAUUAUCGAGGCACCGGCUGGGAAAAAUGUUCACUUGACUUUCCUCACCUUUGAGCUGGAAGAUGAACACGAGUGUGGAUAUGAUUCCAUUGAGGUUUACCAAGGAUUCGAUGACUCGGGUCCGACCAACGGUCGUUACUGCGGCAAUCGGGUACCUCCAGAGAUCGUCUCGUUAAACGAAGCCCUUCUAGUUCGCUUCAAGAGUGACGAUACCAUCAACAGCAAGGGGUUCUCCGCCGCCUAUGUAGCUAUUGACGAGAACGAAAACGAGGAUUUGCCCAAAUCCCAACAAAGUGUUAGAUACAACUAAGAGGUAAUAAAAAAAAAAAAGAAAAGAUAAUAAUUAUAAAAG